GGGAAGACCACCGAGGGCCGGCCGAGCAGGGAGGACCAGUCCCGGGAGAGCCACCCUCUCAGUUUCCCCUCCGCUCUCCGCCCAGUUUCCCGUCUUCGGGCAGUCCUCCUCGGGCGGCGACAGGUCACCGAAAUCUGCGUCUGGACAGGGGCCCCGCCUUCUCCCCGUAAACCUAAAGGAAGGUGUGAGGUAAAAUGGCUCUGCCCAUUUGGAGUUUCCAUCUUCCUUCUAAAAAUCCAAUUUGGAGGGCCAGAACUUCACAUCCUCCCUGCCUGAGCAGACUAUUCCAGGGAUUUCCUGCCCAAGGCAGCCGGGGUGCAAAUUUCCCAGUUCCAGGUCCCCGAGUCUUCUACGGCCCACCCCGACAUGGCCGCCGUCGUCUUCUCUUCUCUGGGACGUGCACGCCCAAGCUCGCUUUCUUGGGCACCUCUCCUCCCGGGACCGUCACGGCCGGUCGGGAAGAAGGGAUUGCAGCCGGCUGUGAGGAGAAAAAUGGCCUCAUCCUUCGGGAAGAAGGCGUGUCGGCUCUACAGUUUCUACAGCAAAAAAUCCAAGAGCUUUCCCUCUCGGAGCAGAGAGACUCCUUCUUGGUGGCCGACCUGGGAGAGCUGGUCCGGAGACACCGGGGCUUCCUGCGGGCUCUGCCCCGGGUGACGCCGUUUUACGCCGUGAAAUGCAACAACAGCCCCUGGGCGCUGCAGACCCUGAAGAAUCUGGGCACUGGGUUUGAUUGUGCCAGCCAGGGGGAGCUGGAGCAGGUGUUGGAGCUGGGAGUCCCAGCAGCCCGGAUCAUCUACGCCAACCCCUGCAAACAGACGUCCCACAUCCAGUUCGCGGCCAGUCACGGGGUGCGGCUGAUGACCUUCGACAACGAGGGGGAGCUCACCAAGGUGGCCAAGUUCCAUCCCACCGCCAGCAUGGUCCUCAGGAUCAAGACCGAAGACUCGGAGAGCCUGGCCCAACUGAGCGAGAAGUUCGGGGCGCCCCUGGAGAGCUGCCCAUGCCUGCUGGAGGCUGCGAGGGCACUAGGCGUUGCAGUCGUGGGAGUCAGUUUCCACGUGGGCUCCGGCUGCCAGAACUCCCAAACCUUCAGGCGGGCCAUUGAGGACGCCCACCGGGUGUUUGAGAUGGGAAGACAAGAGGGGCACGAGAUGCGUUUACUGGACAUCGGUGGCGGGUUCCCGGGCAACGAGAGCUUCGUGCCCACGUUUGAGGAGAUGGCGGAGGUGAUCAACUCCAGCCUGGAUCGGCAUUUUCCAGAAGGCUCUGGGGUGGAGCUCAUUGCAGAACCUGGGAAAUAUUACGCCAUGUCCGUGUGCAGAGCCGCCGUCAACAUCAUAGCCAAGAGAGAGGUGGUGGAGGAAGGUUCCAAACGAUUUAUGUACUAUAUGAAUAAUGGGGUGUACGGCUCUUUCCAGAGUUUUGCGUUGGAAAAGAUCGAACCAAAACCUAUCGUGAUGAAGAAGAUCAGCUCUGAGCUCCCUGUCUAUCCUUGCUCCCUGUGGGGUCCCACGUGUGACAACUUGGACAAGAUUACGCAGGAUGACAUUCCGCUGCCCGAGCUGGACGUGGGGGACUGGCUGAUGUUUGAGAACAUGGGCGCCUACACCGUCACCCUCACCUCCACCUUCAACGGCUUCCCGGCACCCCCGGUCCACAAUACCGUCAGCAGAGAGCUCAGCCACUGGGUAAUGUGAGGUGGAGACCCCGUCGCUGCCUGUUGCCUCAGGAAUCAAGGCUGACUACGACCUUCUCCUCGGGCCUGCACAACCCGCUCCUCGCUGUUGCUUUCUCCCAUUCAUUUUGCUUUCGCCACUGUCGGUCAGUCAGACGUAUUUAUCGAGCGCUCACUAUGUGCAGAGCGCUGUACUAAGAGCUUAAAAGAGUGCAAUAUAAAAGACAUUCC